AUGGUGAAGCUCGCGAAGGCCGGUAAAAAUCAAGGUGACCCCAAGAAAAUGGCUCCUCCCCCCAAGGAAGUAGAAGAAGAUAGUGAAGAUGAGGAAAUGUCAGAAGAUGAAGAUGAUGACGAGGAAAGCAGUGAAGAAGAGGUCAUCAUUCCUCAGAAAAAAGGUAAGAAGAAUACCACGAUGCCGUCAAAGAAGGUGGUAGUGUCCCCAUCAAAGAAGGUGGUAGUUGCUGCACCGGCCAAGAAAGCAGCUGUCACCCCUGGCAAAAAAGCAGCAGCCAUACCAGCCAAGAAGACAGUGACACCAGCCAAGGCAGUAGCAACACCUGGCAAGAAGGGGGCCACCCCAGGUAAGGCAAUGGUGGCCACCCCCGGCAAGAAGGGAGUGACCACUCCAGCCAAGGGGGCAAAGAAUGGCAAGAAUGCCAAAAAAGAUGAGAGUGACGAGGAAGAAGAUGAAGAUAGUGAGGAAGAGGAUGAAGAUGAGGAUGAAUUUGAGCCAGCAGUGAUGAAAGCAUCAGCAGCUGCUCCUGCCUCAGAAGAUGAGGAUGAAGAGGAUGAGGAGGAUGAGGAUGAAGAUGAUGAGGAUGAAGAUGAUGAUGAAGAUGAGGAGGCAAUGGAGACAACACCAGCAAAAGGCAAGAAAGCUCCUGCGGCCAAAGUGGUUUCUGUGAAAGCCAAGAGUGUGGCUGAGGAGGAAGAUGAUGAUGAGGAGGAAGACGAGGAUGACGACGAGGAUGACGAUGACGAGGAGGAAGAAGAGGAUGAAGAUGAAGAAGAAGAUGAUGAGGAAGAGGAGGAGGAGGAAGAAGAGGAAGAACCUGUCAAAGAAGUACCUGGAAAACGGAAGAAGGAAAUGGCCAAACAGAAGGCUGCUCCAGAAGCCAAGAAACAGAAGGUGGAAGCCGUAGAACCAACUUCAGCUUUCAAUCUCUUUGUUGGAAACCUGAACUGCAACAAAUCUGCUCCUGAAUUAAAAAGUGGCCUCAGUGAACUUUUUGCUAAAAAUGACCUUACUGUUACAGAUGUCAGAAUUGGUAUGACUAGGAAAUUCGGCUAUGUGGAUUUUGAAUCCGCUGAAGAUCUGGAAAAAGCCUUGGAACUCACUGGUUUAAAAGUCUUUGGCAAUGAAAUUAAACUAGAGAGACCAAAGGGAAAAGACAGUAAGAAAGAUCGAGAUGCCAGAACACUUUUGGCCAAAAAUUUGCCUUACAAAGUCACUCAGGAUGAAUUAAAAGAAGUGUUUGAAGAUGCUAUGGAGAUCAGAUUAGUCAGCAAAGAUGGGAAGAGUAAAGGGAUUGCUUAUCUGGAAUUUAAGACAGAAGCUGAUGCUGACAAAACCUUUGAAGAAAAGCAGGGAACAGAGAUUGAUGGGCGGUCGAUAUCCCUGUACUACACUGGGGAGAAGGGCCAAAGUCAAGACCAUAGAGGUGGGAAGACAAGCACUUGGAGCGGUGAAUCAAAGACUCUGGUUUUAAGCAACCUCUCUUACAAUGCAACAGAAGAAACUCUUCAGGAGGUGUUUGAGAAGGCGACUGCUAUCAAGGUGCCCCAGAACCAAAAUGGCAAAUCUAAAGGGUAUGCUUUCAUAGAAUUUGCUUCAUUUGAAGAUGCGAAAGAAGCUUUAAAUUCUUGCAAUAAAAAAGAAAUUGAGGGCAGAGCAAUCAGGUUGGAGUUGCAAGGAUCCAGGGGAUCACCCAAUGCAAGAAGCCAGCCAUCCAAAACUCUGUUUGUCAAAGGUCUGUCUGAAGACACUACUGAAGAGACAUUGAAGGAGUCGUUUGAUGGUUCUGUUCGUGCCAGGAUAGUCACCGACCGGGAAACUGGCUCCUCUAAAGGGUUUGGUUUUGUAGACUUCAACAGCGAGGAGGAUGCCAAAGCUGCCAAGGAGGCUAUGGAAGAUGGUGAAAUUGACGGAAACAAAGUUACCUUAGAUUGGGCCAAGCCGAAGGGUGAAGGUGGUUUUGGAGGCCGAGGUGGAGGCAGGGGAGGAUUCGGAGGCCGAGGUGGCCACGGCAGAGGAGGCCGAGGUGGAUUUGGUGGCAGAGGCCGGGGAGGCUUUGGAGGGCGAGGGGGCUUCCGGGGAGGCAGAGGUGGCGGAGGAGACCACAAACCACAAGGAAAGAAGACGAAGUUUGAGUAG